CAAUAUAUAGCAAAACACAAACUCUCUAUACUCACAACAUUGUUUAACUCAUCUUUCUAAGUUGGUUUCGAUUCAAGAAUAUCACAAUGACUAAUGUUCGCCUUCCUAUUCUCGUCUCCUCGGUCUUGUUCCUUGUCUUUAUUUCAUCGUCCCUCUUGUUCCCUACACCUAGUUUUGCUGCUAGAGUAAGUCAUUCUCUGGUGCAAGAAGAGGUCAAAAAGGUUCCAGAAUACACAGAACCUGAGGAGCCGGAAGUUCCAGAAGAGCCGGAGCUGCCCUCACCGGAGGAGCCUGAGAUUCCAGAAGAGCCUGAGAUUCCAGAAGAGCCUGAGGUUCCUGGAGAACCCGAAGUUCCUGAAGAGCCCGAAGAACCAGAAGAGCCAGAAGGGUCAACAUUUGAAUUUCCAUCAUGGUUUCCGAGCUUUCCUAUUCCCGGUGUUAAUGGCGGUUUGCCAAAGACUGAAAAGACAAAACCUACAUCAACAGUUGAAGAGGUUAACGUUUCUAACAAGAAGCCAUAGAUCAAUGGGUAAAGAACGUCAAAUGAUUAUAUAAACUAUAUAUGCAAUUAUAGUUUUGGUUUGUGUUUGGUUAAAGAUGAGAGAUUACAUAUGUAUUACAGUAUUAGAGUCCUCACCAUGUCAUGAUUGAGUCUCUAAACGCUCCUGAUAUAAUCUCGUACUAAUUCUCUCUUGUAAUAUGUAUAUCUCUUGUGGUACAAAAAAUAUAUAUAUAACUCUUAAGUAAAUCAUGUAAUGUAAGAUAUUUAAUUAAAGAUAUAAUGUGUCAAUUGUCGGUGUAUAUGACGUUCGUCUUAAUGAAACAUCAAAUUUUAUGAGU